CACCUCCUCCAAGCUCUGAGAUGCUAAUGUAGUCUAACAGUGACAGGGCUAGCUUUUCCUCUUCCUGAGCUCUAGUUCCAAAUACAUAAAAAGAAAGAGAGAGGGAGGGAGAAGGAAAGAAAAGGUUUGCAGCCUUUGGUGGGGGAGCAGUACAAUGUUUGUGUUCUGUUCCUAUCCUAUCUCUUGCACGAUUUUCACAUCUGUGGAUAAAGAAACACACACAGUGGAUUUUUAAGCCUAAAGGAUGCUAAAGUCGUUCUUCUUUCUUGUUGAAUCCAAGGAAAGGACUAAUGCACUUUAUUAGUGUUAAAGAGAUCAGUCUAAGGCGCACUUUCUAGCCACUGGAGGCAUGAUGCCCUAGCUGAUGUGGCCCCAUGGAAUGCAACCUGCCUGUGGAUUUCAGUCUUUGUAGUUUUUAUAAAUAUAAAAAAGGGAAAACUGAUUAUUUGUAACAUACUUUAUGUGUUUGGGUUUUUUUUUAAGUUGCCUGCAGCAGUGAUUUCUUUUUUGUCUUUUCUUUCUGGGCAUCUGAAAAAAGAGGGCCAAGGGGAUGCUGUUAGAGCCUGGCAUACUAAGAGACUUGGUAGCUAAAAUAACAAAAUGACCCAGGAACAAUACACACAUAGAAACAAUGUCCAAAGUUCUGAAGCACCGCACGUAUAUAAAGUGGGAAUUUAUGGCUGGCGGAAACGCUGUCUCUACUUUUUUGUCCUUCUGCUGAUGGUCCUAAUCCUGGUCAACCUUGCUUUGACAAUCUGGAUCCUAAAGGUCAUGAAUUUCACAAUCGAUGGCAUGGGUCACCUGAGAAUUACAGAGAAAGGUCUGACACUAGAAGGGGAUUCAGAAUUCCUUAAACCUCUUUACGCCAAAGAAAUUCAGUCCAGACCAGGUAGUCCACUUCUCCUUCAGUCAUCCAAAAACAUAACUAUCAACAUUCUUAAUGGUCAAAACAAGGCUGCUACGAGGGUAGUCGCAGGAUCCAAAGGAGUGGAAGCUUUUGGGAAGGUUUUUGAAGUGAAAUCUAACACAGGAAAAACAUUGUUUUCUGCUGCUGAUCGUGAGGUGGUGGUUGGUGCUGACAGGCUACGAGUUUUAGGAGCUGAAGGAGCUGUGUUUAGCAACUCAGUCGAAACGCCUCAAGUCAGAGCGGACCCCUUUAAAGAACUUAGGAUGGAAUCCCCAACUCGUUCUUUGUUCAUGGAGGCUCCAAAAGGUAUUGAAAUCUUAGCAGAAGCUGGGAAUAUACAGGCUACAUGCAGAAAUGAAAUGAGACUUGAGUCGAAAGAUGGCGAGAUCAUAUUAGAAGCUAACAAAAUCAAGUUACCCAGACUGCCCAAAGGAAUAUACUCAGCUUCUGGCUCAAAGCAGAAAGUAUACGAGGUCUGCAUCUGUCCAAACGGGCGGCUCUUCUUGUCGGUGGCGGACAGUGGCUCCACCUGCCAGAUAAACUCUAGCGUCUGUCUCUGAAAGGGAAAACAAACAAAUGAGCAGAGGCCUUUGUAGCACCCAAAAGGCUUUUUUUUUAAUGACAGACAGCGGAAAAAGCCUUUGUAGGUGAUGAAAAGGGUCUCUCAGAGACGUUCAGCGUGACAGCUUUUUAUCCACUGCUUUGAAGAAUGUUUCAGUACAAGAAUAACUAGGGUGAUCACCUUUUAAAAAUGGAACUCUAUAAAAAAUGACUUUUUCUA